AUUCAGCGAAAAACGGUGGUUCUGUCUUCCUGUGUUACCGCCCUUGGUACGAGUGAGAAAGUAAGCGUUCAUUGGUGAGAUUGGGAUUAUUUGGCACUAUUUGUCGGCUCCCAUUAUCUAUAGGUUCCGGCUAGCACCUCCACUCUACUCAGCGCUGAGCCUUGAGGAGCUGUUCCCCUUCUGCCGUGCAUCAGGAGCGCGUAGCUCGCCGUCCACACAGCCAUGGCGUUGUACAAGAAGGACCUGGGCAAAUACAAGGACCUCGACGAGGAUGAGAUCCUCAACAACCUGUCGGCUGAGGAGCUGAAGCAGCUGGAGACGGCCCUGGAAGAUAUGGAUCCAGAGAACGCACUGCUGCCAGCCAGCAUGCGGCAAAAGGACCAGACCGGGAAGAAGGCCACGGGGAACUUUGACCGCGACGGGCUCCUCACCUACCUGGAGAAGGAGGCCAUGGAGUACAAGGACCGGGACGACGUGGUGCCCUUCACCGGCGAGAGGAAAGGAAAGGUGUUUGUCCCCAAGCAGAGGCCCAUCGAGUCCCUGCAGCAGGAAGUCACGACCCUUGACCCGGAGCUAGAAGAAGCUCUGUCCAGCGCCACGGACACAGAGCUGUGCGACCUCGCAGCAAUUUUGGGGGUUCAUACGUUGGUCACCAGCACUCAGACGUACGACGGGACCUGCAAGGAAGGCUUCAGUAAUGUCAUUAAAGGGGAGAAGAUGGUCCCCGUCUUUGACGAGCCCCCCAACCCCACCAACGUGGAGGACACCCUGCAGCGGAUAAAGAGCAACGACCCCUCCCUCACAGAGGUCAACCUCAACAACAUCAAGAACGUUCCCAUCCCUACUCUGAAAGAGUUCGCCAAAGCCAUGGAGCACAACACCCAUGUCAAGAAGUUCAGCCUAGCAGCCACACGGAGUAACGACCCCAUAGCUGUGGCCUUCGGAGAGAUGCUGCGGGAAAACAAGGCGCUGGUCAGCUUGAACCUGGAGACUAACUUCAUCACCGGCGUCGGAGUGCAGGCACUGGUGGACGCGUUGAGAGACAACGACACUCUCACAGAGAUCAAGAUCGACAACCAGAGGCAGCAGCUGGGCACUACGGUAGAGAUGGAGAUAGCCAAGAUGUUGGAAGAGAACCACAACGUCAUCAAGUUUGGCUACCACUUCUGCCAGCAGGGGCCACGGGCCAGAGCUGCCGCGGCCAUCACCAAGAACAACGACUUGGUCCGCAGGAGGCGAGUGGAAGGGGACCAGUAGGGGCGGACGGUCUCCCGGCCAAUCCUAGCGUCUCAUCUCACCAUGUGGAAUACUUUCAGCCAAUUCCCUGGUCUCAUCUCACUGUGUGGAAUUGUAAGUCUUGUGCCAAACCAUGGAGCAAGGCAUCGACCAGAACCAACAUCUGAGCAGAAGGGAAAUAACUGGAAUCGCCCUCUCCUGUAAACUUAAGCUCAUUCUCAUUUUUAUUGUUAUGUUACCGCUGUAGUUUUUAGUCAUUCCCAUUUUGGUUGCUAAUUUGUCCCUUCGUGAGCCUAUAUCUGUACACUCAUGUUCGAGUUGUUUUUUCCGGUUCAACCUUAUGUUUAGUUUAUUUUUAUACUGUACCAUGAGCGCGUUGAACUACACGGUCAUAAUAACCAAGUAAGGGCACGUGUAACUUGUAACCAUGAUCUAAAUUAUAAUAGUAACUGUACCACCCAAUGCUUCCAUUGGGGGCGCCAUAGAUCUUCCACGUUUUGCAGACUUACUUUGUGUUAGCUGAGCUUUUUCUACCGCCAACGUCUCUGUGGUUCAUAUGUGCAAGCAAAGCAGAGGCAGGCCAAGUCAGGCCAGCAUGUUGAACUACAUACUGGUGACCCUUGGUUUUGACUUGGCUGUGGCAGCUAGCCUGCUCCCAAUCCUCAUGGUCAUCCAUUGACAAAAUUGUCCAUCAUCCAUGUAACACAGGCCUUGUUCUGUCCAAGGAUUGCCCAUUGGAUGAGUGGUACUGGCUUUGUAGGUAACAAGGUUGAUAGCAAGGUGAGUUGUUGCAGUGGAUUUGGAAGGGACCUGAAUGGCUAAUGGACAAUAAUGGCUAAUGGAUACACCAUUAGGUUUUGAGCUGGUAUAUGUGACUGUAUGUGUUCCUUAUAUUGCUAAGCUGACGCUAAUCCUUGACUUCAUGUAAACCUACUGUAUGAUCAUGGCAAAAUUGGGUUCAACAACAUGAUUUGAAAUGCAUCGGAAUUAACAUGUUAGCUGUUUUACCACUACUGGAACAAAAAACUUGUUUUGAUGCCGGUUGUACAAUAUUGGUCCUAAUUUCUGCCGUAUGGCAGUGAAUAGUAAAUAGCAACACCUUAUGACCAUCCUGGUCUGAAAUCUAAAAGGAAUCAAACGGUUAAUCCUGGAAGGUGUAACACGUUCUAUUCAGAAGAAACAUCUACCUGAUAGUGCUGUCUUCACCGUCUGUACUCAUUUUACUGGCUUCUCUGCUGCUUCACAAUGCCAAAGACUAACAUAUACAGCACUUAAUGGAACCAUACUGGACCUCUGAUAGAACCUGUGUCUGCUUGGUGAGAUUCAGUCAGCUGGUAGGGGAAGAAUCCUUUUGGGUUGAAAGCAGUUGUAUUCUGGAUUUGUCGGUUAUACCGGAUCAUUGUUAGCUAGUACACCACCGUCACCCAAUUUGUUCGUUUGUUUGAUCUGAACCAUCUUUGUACAUAGCAAAAAUGUUUAAAAGGAGAGUUUAAAUUGUGAUGCGGCACAACACAUUUAUAUUUGUGAGGUAAUUGUCCUACAUGAGUUUGAGCCUUGAUCACACCUUAUGCACACACACGCGCACACAGACACACACGCACAUUCCCAUACACCCACUCGGCAGGAUUUGUGCAGUGUAGCGUCACUUUGGAUUAACUAACUCACCUGCGACAAGCACAGCAGUCGCCGUAGGUAUACUAACGCAGAGGUAACUUGAAACUGGUUAUAUCAUGUAAUCGUCUAUAAUAAGGAACAACACGUUGGCAUGAAAACCUCCACUCGAUGUGAUCACAUAAUUCCAUUGACCAAUGUAUCUUAAUUUGUCUUUGCAUUCCUCGAGGCACACGUGGCCCUGGCUGUGUUCAGUGCUUUGUUUUAGGUUUUUUUUAUCGACUUGUUCUUUCCUCCAUGAACUCCAUGUUUUUUUGUUUUGUCCGAUUUCUUUUUGUUUUCUUUUUGUUUUCACAUCGCUGUGCUUUGCUGAUGGAUUAAAUGGAAUGCCUCUCCCCCCUACAUUGUUAAUAUCCUGUGAUCUCAUGUAUUACUAUUGUAUUAUGCCAUUUCAGAUUUAAAACAAUUUCAAUAAAUCCCUGCUGUUUUAUUAAUUUUCUUUUGUACCUUUUCAAAAACCCACAUCAGACUAUACUUGAGUGGAUAUGUACCAUUGUGAAAUAUACAGGGACAAGGCACUGUCAAAUACUCAAGACUUCCUCAACAAUAAAUGUUUUUACAUAUUCUUUGUGACAGACUAUUUUCACU